CACCCAGCCCCGCGCGCUCAGCUACUUCACUCACCGCCAUGGCGGCUUUUAGGCGAGUCCCAACGCCAGGCAGGCAGAAAACCCACCAAGUCAGCACAACAAGACUUCCGGCAUAGGGACCUCUACGUCGUCACUCGCGCCAGGCGCAGACAAGAGACGCCUAUCCCUAGAAGACUACAACUCCCAGCAAACAUCGCGCCGUCGUCAUGGAGAUCCGGGAAAGCUGAGGUGGGAGGAGCUGACCGAAGGAAUGGGGGCGUGGCCUGGCCGUCGAGCUGACCGGGUUUUUCACUUGUUUCUCUUCCUGCACAAGGUCGGGCUGCAGGCGGCGAUGGAGAUGUGUGACCUGCCUGUGGAGGUUAUUACCUAUAUCCUGAGCUUCCUGCCCAUUGCAGAUAGGAAGGAGGCCUCUCUAGUGAAUCAAACAUGGUAUUUUGCAGCCCAAGACACCCUGCGCCAGGAGAGCAUCUUUUAUGACAUCCCAGCUACCUCUGCCUCGCUCAGGACCAUCCAGAGCCUGUCCCGAAGGCACGUGUCCAGCAUCAAGAUGACAAACCUGGACGGUUCCACCAUUUCCCGGGAUGUCAUCAAGUCUGUCACCAGAUACCUGGGGCCUCACCUGCGCAGCUUAUGCCUGCACGGGAGCAGCCUGACGGAGGCCAACUUUGCAGAACUCCUUCUCGCAUGCCCCUGCCUCACGGCCUUGGAUCUGAGUGGCUGCAACAGUCUCUUCAUGCCCGGGACCCUGCUCUCCAAGGAGGAGGCCUUCUUGCAAGCCCAAGAAGCUUUGAUCAACUUGCAAGAGCUGAACCUGUCCGGAGUGCGAUACUUGUCGGACCUCACCUUCAACCGCUUGACCAGCUGCUGCCCAUGCCUGGCCAAGCUUGCCCUCGCCCGCUGCCACAUUACCUUCAAGGUGGACACUUACGACAGCUCCAGUAACUACAACUCCUCGGUUCUGCUGUCCUUUCGCAACCUCCUGCAGUUCCUCCGGCAGCGAGCCGGCACCAUGAUGGCUUUGGACUUGAGUGGCACCAGCAUCUCGAGCCAAGCUAUGAAAUCCCUGGUGCAGGUGGAGAACUUACGCCUGCAGGAGAUGGUUCUACAGGCCUGCCAGGAUCUUACCAAUGAGGCCGUGAGCAUCCUGUGUCAGCACCAGCCCCACUUGACCUUGCUGGACCUGAGCGGCUGCUCUGAGCUGUCCGACCGGGCCGUCCUUGUGAUCAGCUCCCGGCUCCUGUCCCUUCAGCACCUGUUCCUGCGGAAGCUCCCAAGAGCAACCGAUGCUGGCUUCCAGGGAAUUUCACACCUGAGGCAUCUCCAAAGGCUGGAUGUGUCUGAAUGCAGCCUUGUGAGCUGCAGCGAACUGGUGAAAGCUUUUGGGACUAUCAAGGGACAGCCCAAACUGGCCUCCCUGAACGUUGCCUUCUGCUCUUUACUACGAGUAAGUUCAAAGGAUAACUCAGUCCUCUCACUGGCUGAAUCCCUAAGCAAGAGCCUUCGAGUUCUGGAUCUCUCAUCCUGUGUGUCCAUCACCAACAGAGGCAUCCAAGCGAUCGCUUCCCAUCUCUUGCACCUGACAGUCCUGCGUUUGGCCUGGUGCAAGGAGCUGAUGGAUUGGGGCCUGCUGGGGGUUCAGGAGCCCAAAGAGGAGCGCGAACGUGCCAGAGAGAAGGACACUGGCCCAAAGUUCAGCAGGAACUUUGGCAACAUGGGAUUUUUCCUGCCACCUCCACAGGAUUUGGAGCAGGACACCCAGAUUCUCGUUGACCUCGCCAAGCAGGAUGCCCGACAGAAUCAUCAAGCCUCCUUGAAUGCCCUGACUCGUCUUCAAGAGCUUGACCUGACGGCCUGUGUAAAACUCACAGAUGCAAGCAUAGCUAAGGUCAUCAGCUUCCCUGAGCUGCGCCACCUGUCCCUCAGCCUUGUGACUAACAUCACAGACGCUAGCCUUACAGCCAUUGCUCACAACUGCCGGAGCUUGGAGCACCUUGCGUUAAGCCACUGUGCAAACCUGAGCGACAAAGGCUUUGUGGAGGCAGUCGGCUCCCUGCACAGACUUCAGCAUCUCAUCCUUUCUGGUUGUAACCAGCUAACGCCCCGGACACUGAAGGCUGUUGGCCAAGAGUGUUGGCAGCUGAAGUGCUUGGACGUCUCCAUGUGCAGCAAGAUCAGUAUGACGGACAUUGAGCAUUUCCAAUCAGAACUCCCACUGCAGAGCCAGACUAGCAUCCAGUCGCGGUUUGUAGGCGGAGCGGACCUUUCCAUCACUCUCUGAGGCUGAAGGUUCAGAGAUAACUGAUGAUCGAGCUGGCACUCCUUCUCCACACUGCACCAAUGGGGAUAGGGGAUUUGCCUUGUUGAACAGCUCCUAGACUUGGUAGCCCCACUGUUAAAAACAGCUGCACCACUGCCAACAGGUGGGUCCAUAACAUAGACCUUCCCCUAUAGAGUGUGGGCCUCUCUCAAGCCCACUUUGCUGGAGGAACAGCUAGCUAUUGCACAAGACUCCUAUCCUCCCUACCCCUCAAGCAGAACAGGAAGUUUACCUUGGCUUUGGAAGAAGUUACCUGGAGCCUGGUAGAUCUUGUGCCGGCAGGAACAGUAACCAGCAGCAAUAAAGCAAGAGAGUAACAGCUACCGACGUAUUCUUGGACAUGGCCAGUGACAAGCACUUACUUUGCACCGAGCUUUCAGCGGCUGCAACUUCCCUGUCAUUGAGAGGGAUAAAAAUGCUCAACUGAAAAAUUGCACCCAGGGAGACUUCCUUCUUCUGGGUCCCCCCUGGUACACUGCUGCCAGUUUUAGAGGCACCUAUGGCAGCAUCCCCUUUGGAAGGUCACUCUUGACACCAAAGCAAUCCAUGGCAUAACCAGGCAGCAAUGGAGAGAUGAUUCUGCAACCAAAGAGUCUCAGCUAGCUCCUUCCUGCAAACAAUAUCCGGGCGAGAAAGCCAAUCCCCUGCCUGCCCUCAUCUUUUCUAAGCCUUUACUAUGUUUAUGUAUCAGGGUUUUUUCAUACACAUACCCAAAUUGCACUAAUAAA